AUGUCUCGCGCCGGAAUGUGGGCCAAAGCCAUCGGAGGCGGUAUUCUCUUCUGCGUCGGUGGUCCAGCUCUCGUCCAAUACAUCCGCCCCUCAGAUGAAGAGCUCGUCAAGCGUUAUAAUCCAGACCUGCAGAAGCGCAGCGCAGAGCAGGGCGACCGCAAGGCGCAAGAGUUUGAUGACUAUGUCAUGAAAUUGAAAGAGUGGUCUAAGUCGGAUAAAUCUAUUUGGUUCGCCGCACAGGAAGAGCAGGAUCGGAAGCACGCGCAGCUCGAGGCGCAGCGGGCUCAGGCUAAGGAGGAGUCGAGGAUACAACGGGAGGAGAUGCGGAAGGAGAUGCUGGGUGAGAAAUGA